AUGGUUGGAGCUCUGGAAUCUGAUCAAUUCCUGGCGAUGUCGACGACCUUGAACGAGAACAUCGAGAUCUUAUCCGUUGAUUUCGAUCCAACGGCUGUGGUAACCGAGCCGUUACCUACGUCUGUAACCGAAGCAGAUCACGAGGAAGAGAAUCUGAAGAAUACGAAGGUAAUUAACGGAGGAGGAGAAAGAGAAAUGGUUCUCGGCAGGAACAUCCACACGACGUCUCUUGCCGUAACGGAGCCGGAGUCUAAUGACGAAUUCACCGGAGAUAAGGAGGCUUACAUGGCUAGCGUCCUAGCUCGUUACCGGAAAACUUUGGUUGAACGAACCAAAUAUCAUCUAGGUUAUCCAUACAACUUGGAUUUCGAUUACGGUGCGCUUGGACAGUUGCAGCAUUUCUCCAUCAACAACCUUGGAGAUCCGUUUAUCGAAAGCAACUAUGGUGUACACUCAAGGCCAUUCGAAGUCGGCGUGUUGGAUUGGUUUGCUCGACUCUGGGAGAUAGAGAGAGAUGACUAUUGGGGUUACAUCACAAACUGUGGCACAGAAGGAAACCUUCACGGGAUCUUAAUCGGGCGGGAAAUGUUUCCUGAUGGGAUUCUGUACGCCUCGCGGGAGACGCACUACUCUGUGUUCAAAGCAGCUCGUAUGUAUAGAAUGGAGUGCGAGAAGGUUGAUACACUCAUCACCGGGGAGAUUGACUGUGAUGAUUUCAGGAAAAAACUGUUGGCGAACAAAGAUAAACCUGCGAUUCUUAAUGUCAACAUAGGAACAACUGUUAAAGGAGCUGUCGAUGAUCUCGACCUUGUAAUCAAAACUCUUGAAGAGUGUGGCUUCUCACAUGAUAGGUUCUAUAUUCACUGCGAUGGAGCUCUCUUUGGUCUCAUGAUGCCUUUUGUCAAACGUGCACCAAAAGUCACAUUCAAUAAACCGAUAGGAAGUGUGAGUGUGUCGGGCCACAAAUUCGUCGGGUGUCCAAUGCCUUGUGGUGUUCAGAUAACAAGAAUGGAACACAUCAAAGUCCUUUCGAGGAACGUUGAGUACCUCGCCUCGCGUGACGCAACGAUCAUGGGAAGCCGAAACGGGCACGCGCCUUUGUUCUUAUGGUACACUUUGAACAGAAAAGGGUACAAAGGGUUCCAGAAAGAAGUUCAGAAAUGCCUGAGGAACGCUCAUUACCUCAAAGACAGGCUCCGCGAAUCCGGGAUCAGCGCGAUGCUCAACGAGCUUAGCAGCACCGUUGUGUUUGAACGUCCUAAAGAUGAAGAGUUUGUGAGAAGGUGGCAGCUCGCUUGCCAAGGGGAUAUAGCUCAUGUUGUGGUUAUGCCAAGUGUUACAAUCGAGAAGCUUGAUCAUUUUCUGAAAGAUUUGGUCGAACAUAGAACUGUUUGGUAUGAGGAUGGGUCUCAACCACCAUGUCUUGCUAAGGAUGUAGGACCCAACAACUGCAUCUGUCCAGCUCACAAGUAG